AUGGAGCAACAACAACAAUUUUAUUCUAAUGCAGAUAUUGAUAGACUUGUAGAAGAACGAAUCAUUUCUAGAGAAAAACAAACAGUUAAACAAUUUAUAGAGAUCAUAAAGCAAGCUAAAAAAACUUUAGCUAAGAAGCCCGGUCCUAGUAAAGAAAAAGCAGACAAAAUUCAUAUAGAUUGCUUUUUAAAUGAUUUUGCAAAAGUCAAUUCUGAUUAUGAUUCUAUUCAAGUAUCUACUGAUUCUUCUA